CUUAAAAAGAAGCCCAGCCCAAAACCUCUGAGAUUCAAGAGUUUACAAUCGAACUCGGAUCCUUCCCGUAUCCGUUUCAGCUGAACGCACCGUGAUACCCGCCGUAUUGUCAAAAAUUUGGAAACAAAGCCGAACUCUCCGUCUCUCUAAAAAUGUCAAACGCCCUAAUUCCCCACGGAAGAUUCCUCCUCCGUCGUUUCAACCGCCGUGCCUAUUCGUCAAAACCGCAUAACAGCGAAACCGACCUCGAUUCGUCGUCCUCAUCAGCGACCUCUAAAGCCGAAGCCGAGCGCAAGAGCCUGAACGAGUAUUUUCAGAAGAUCGCCGUUAAGAACUCGACUCCAGAUUGGCUCCCUUUCUCCCCCGGGGGCUCUUUCUGGGUCCCGCCGCCGCAUCAGAAAACGGCUGGGAAGGUCGCUUAUAUGAUGAACAUGGUGACGAAUCCGUUGAAGAAGGAGGAAGCUUUCUCUCUGUCGUCUUCUUCUGGCUGGCCUUGUUCCUCUUUCUUCAUUACUCCAAAUGAUGAGAAGGUAGAAAGUAGCAUGGAGUUGAACAUUCCGGGGGAGCUAGGGCAUUUCCUAAAUCCAAUUUAUUCAUUUAAACAUGUCGACGAUGAAGACUGAUUUUACAAGUUCUAGCUCGGUGAUGAAGUCCAUUUCCUGUUGCGUGGAAAGACAGAUGAUUCCUGUACUGAUGAGGUUAAGUAUUUGUAUAUACAGCUGCAAACCAUGGAGUUCUAUGGUGUUUGGCCUGUCUUAACGCCUUUGUGAACUUUAUUUAUAAAGCAAUCAAUCAUAAUUAACGGCUAAUUAAAGCUGGUCGGAUUGGUUCUUACCUGCACUACAUGGUUUCAUCGUGAAUGAUAAUUUAGAUCAACCUAAGAUGAGUUUGCAUAUGUUACUAGAUUGAUUCUUAAGAAUUUGUCACUACAAUAAACAGUACAAUGAAUGCGUUUCAUCUUAACCUUUGUUGACGACCCCUGUUUGACUGUUUCUGUACUUUCUUGUGGUCUUUACUUGUCUGGUGUGAUAAUGCACCUAUGUUUGCCUUCUAGUAUUCUUUUCUAAAUGAAACAUAUCACCAAUCUUUUUCUCAGCCGCUUUAUUCUUCACUUCCGCAUGUUGUCUUUGCAGUUCACACUGAUUUUGCGUUUCAACUCGGUCCUCAUUUCUUUAUAACGAAGUGGAGGAACAAAAAGAUGUUUUCAGAAGAACAUUGAAGAGGAAGAGAAUGAAAUCUGCAAGUUAAAAGAAUUGAGGGCUGAAUUGGAACGCAAAAUCUUUGAACUAAAGAGACAAGAUGCAAUUGCGAAAGAAAAGAAGAAGAAAAAGAUUGUUGAGAUGAUGUCACAGGCGGCAAUGUUUUGUCUAUGCUCUCUGUCUCGUUUUGUAAAGAUAUGUUUAUGUUAUGGCUGUUUCAUGAUAUCUGUGGUGAUUCAUUGUUUUCCCUUGC